GUCAAAGGUUAGAAACAAAAUGGCUGAACACUGAGAAAUCAUAACACUUAGCUGUUGGAAGGAGGGAUAUAAUUUUAUGUUUUUGUUUGAUUAAAAUCCUAAUAUGAAUCCGAAAAGACCACUGCUAGACUAAAGUUAAAGAUUGGUUGCGUGCAUGCCUCGAAACCUCAACUAUACAAAGGAUUAAUGCAUUGCACAGACCUCCGGCGGGGAAUAGUUGCUGGAAAUGUUGGAUGCUAGCUAGACCGAGCCAACGAUAACUAACUCGAUUGUCACAUUAAUUCGGACGGAACCCAUAAAUUAGUGAGAAAAUAAAUAGAUACUUAUUUAAUAUAUUAGCUGCCCCCUUUUUCAUUUUUUUUCUUUUUACCAGCAACAGUGUGCGUGGAAGCACUCAAGCAUCACUGUUGUGUUGGACUUACCGGUAAACUGGAUGCAGGAAGAACUUUUCGCACGACCAUCGCGUCAAAGCUACGAUUGCUGAAUGUGGUUUAAGUCAUAUAACCAUACCAAUGCAUGAAAUCAAGAUGAAUCGGAAGAAGGACAAGGGUUUUGAGAGCCCGCGGCCUUUUAAAUUGACUCACCAGGUUGUCUGCAUCAACAAUAUAAACUUCCAAAGGAAGUCUGUUAUUGGCUACGUGGAGCUGACCAUCUUCCCGACAGUGGUCAACCUGAACCGGAUCAAGCUGAACAGCAAGCAGUGCCGGAUUUACCGGGUCAGGGUCAAUGACCUGGAAGCGCCUUUCAUCUACAACGACCCCACGCUGGAGGUCUGCCACCAUGAGUCCAAGCAGAGGAAUCUGAACUACUUCUCCAGCGCCUACACGGCGGCCGUCAGCGCCGUGGACCCAGACGCCGGCCACGGGGAGCUGGUCAUCAAAGUGCCCUCUGAGCUGUGGAAGCAGGGCGACGAGAUGAAUGUGCUGAAGGUGUAUAUAGACUUCUCCCUGGACCAGCCUAAAGGAGGCCUCCACUUCGUGGUACCCGACGUGGAGGGGAGUAUGGCGGAGAGAGCAGCACACGUCUUUUCCUUUGGCUACCAGAACUCCACUAGGUUCUGGUUCCCCUGUGUGGACUCAUACUCGGAGCUGUGCACAUGGAAGCUGGAGUUCACAGUGGACUCCUCCAUGGUGGCUGUCUCCUGUGGGGACCUGGUGGAGACUGUUUAUACCCAUGACAUGAGGAAGAAGACCUUUCACUAUGUCCUUCCGAUCCCCACCGCGGCGCCCAACAUCUCGCUGGCCGUCGGGCCCUUCGAGAUCCUGGUUGACCCUUACAUGCACGAGGUGACCCACUUCUGUUUGCCCCAGCUCCUGCCCCUGUUGAAACAUUCCAUGUCCUACCUCCAUGAGAUCUUUGAGUUCUACGAGGAGAUCCUGACUUGUCGAUACCCCUACUCCUGCUUUAAAACUGUCUUUGUGGACGAGGCGUACGUCCAGGUGUCCUCUUAUGCUUCCAUGAGCAUUUUCAGUACUAAUCUGCUCCACAGUGCCAUGAUCAUAGAUCAAACUCCCCUGACCCGACAGUGUUUAGCUCAGGCCUUGGCCCAGCAGUUCUUUGGUUGCUUCAUCUCUAGGAUGUCCUGGGCUGAUGAGUGGGUUCUGAAGGGGAUAUCGGGUUAUAUCUAUGGUCUGUACCUGAAGAAGACCUUUGGAGUCAACCAGUACCGCCACUGGAUCAAAGAGGAACUUGACAAGAUAGUUGAGUACGAGCUGAAGAUGGGCGGCGUUCUCUUGCACCCGACCUUCGUGGGAGGCAAAGACAAGGACAACCCCACCCCUCACCUCCACUUCUCGAUCAAGCACCCCCACACCCUCUCAUGGGAGUAUUACAAGAUGUUUCAGUGUAAGGCUCACCUGGUCAUGAGGCUGAUUGAGAACAGGAUCAGCAUGGAAUUCAUGCUCCAGGUGUUCAACAAGCUCCUGAGUCUGGCCAGUACCGCCUCUUCCCAGAAGUACCAGUCCCACAUGUGGAGUCAGAUGCUGGUGUCGACCCACGGCUUCCUCAAGUCCAUCUCAAAUGUGUCUGGGAAGGACAUCGGACCUCUCAUCAAGCAGUGGGUAGAGCAGAGUGCCGUGGUGAAGUUCUUUGGCAGUUUUGCCUUCAACAGGAAACGGAACGUUCUGGAACUGGAGAUCCGCCAGGACUACACCUCCUCAGGAACGCAGAAAUAUGUGGGCCCCAUCAAGGUGACGGUCCAGGAGCUGGAUGGAUCCUUCAACCACACCCUGCAGAUUGAAGAGAACAGCCUGAAACACGACAUCCCCUGUCACUCCAAGAGCAGACGGAACAAGAAGAAGAAGAUCCCUUUAAUGAAUGGGGAGGAGGUGGACAUGGAUCUGUCUGCUAUGGAUGCCGAUUCGCCCUUGCUGUGGAUCCGGAUCGACCCAGACAUGUCAAUCCUGCGUAAGGUGGAGUUUGAGCAGGCCGACUUCAUGUGGCAGUACCAGCUCAGGUAUGAGCGUGACGUGGUGGCCCAGGAAGAGGCCAUCUCAGCCCUGGAGAAGUUCCCUACGCCGGCCUCCCGUCUGGCGCUGACCGACAUCCUGGAACAGGACCAGUGCUUCUAUAAGGUUCGCCAGGGGGCCUGCUUCUGUCUCGCUAAGAUAGCCAACUCCAUGAUGAGCACCUGGACCGGACCUCCAGCCAUGAAGUCCCUGUUCACCAGGAUGUUCUGCUGCAAGAGCUGCCCCAACAUUGUCAAGACCAACAACUUCAUCAACUUCCAGAGCUACUUCCUACAGAAGACAAUGCCUGUGGCCAUGGCUCAGCUUAGAGACAUCCAGAACCUCUGUCCCAAAGAUGUCCUCAACUUUAUCCUGGACCUCAUCAAGUACAAUGACAACAGGAAAAACAAGUUUUCUGAUAACUACUACCGCGCAGAGCUGAUUGAUGCUCUGACCAACUCCUUGACCCCUGCUAUUAGCAUCAGUAACGAGGUCCGCACAGUGGACAACCUCAACGGAGAUGUUCGCCUGAUCCUCGAAGAAAUCACACGCUUCCUGAAUAUGGAGAAACUGCUGCCCAGCUACCGCAACACCAUCACUGUCAGUUGUCUAAGGGCUAUCCGAACACUCCAGAAGAACGGACAUAUUCCCAGCGAUCCUUCUUUGUUUAAAUCCUAUGCUGAGUACGGACACUUUGUGGAUGUUCGUGUUGCAGCUCUGGAAGCCGUGGUGGACUACACACGUGUUGACAGGAGCCCAGUGGAACUACAGUGGCUGCUAAAUAUGGUCCAGAAUGACCCUGCUCACUACAUCAGACACAAGAUACUGAGCAUGCUGGGUAAAAACCCUCCUUUCACCAAAGCCGUGGACUCUCCUCUCUGCAACGAGGCCUUGGUUGACCAGCUGUGGAAGCUCAUGAACUCAGGGACCUCUCACGACUGGCGCUUACGGUGCGACGCGGUGAACCUCUACUACACCCUGUUCGGCCUGACGCGGCCCUCCUGCCUGCCCCUGCCGGAGCUGGGCCUGGUGCUCAACCUGAAGGAGAAGAAGGCCGUCCUCAACCCCACCGUCAAGCCAGAACAGGGCCCGGGGCCGGCAGAGGUCUCUGGCCAGCCCGUGGCGGUCCAUCUCCCCGUCAUGGGCUUCACCAGCAGCCUGGAUGAGGGGUUAAUCACCAUGGAGACUGUGUCCAGCGUACCUAUCCCCAGCAGUGUGGCCCCGCCCCCACAGGGCCUGAAGAGGAAGUUGGACAGCGUGGUUGGGCCACUGGGCUCCACCUCCCCAGAACCAGGCCAGGUACUGCAGGAAGAGGACAGCAGUAAGAAAUUCAAGAUCAGAUUCAACACCGCGGAGGAGGACGAGAUCGACAUGGAGAGUCCUCAUGACAGCCAGGCGUUCAUCCACCACCACCUCAACAUGCUGGAGAGGCCCUCCACUCCAGGCAAGGAACCGACCGCAGCGGACCAGGCCCUGCUGUCCCUGCCCGCCACGCCCUUACCGUCCUUCGGCAAAGAGGCCAACUCGUCCUCCAAGCACGGCGGCGGCGAGCACCACCACCACCACCACCACCACCACGAGCACAAGAAGAAGAAGAAGAAGCACAAGCACAAGCAUAAGCACAAGCACAAGCACGACAGCAGGGAGAAGGAGCGGGACUCGCACGCCUGCAGCAACAGCCCGGCCAGUGGACGCUCCAUGAGGUCUCCAUCCGUGUCCGAUUAGAUCGCGCCGUGGCCUCCCGGCUGCCGUGGCGCCGCCUCGAUCCACGCUCCGGGCUGCGGAGUGCUCCCCUCGAGCGACAUCGACUGUGUGGGCGCAGCGCAUCUGGUUUCCUGAGUGGACCUCACAAGGUCUUGGUUGCGUGCUUCCCUUACCGGCCCGAGUCCUUGCAUGUCAGAGCAAUACGAUAAUUAGAGGUAGCUUUGAAUCUGGAUGACAUGUUGCUCGGAAUUCUAAAUACUGUGAUGUCAUCACCAACUGCCAGUUGGAGCCCAUUGCUUUUAUUAGUAUCAAAGCAUCCAUCACACUGACCACACCCACUGAGACUUCUCUGGCCAAAACGUGGCCUAAGCUCUGUUUGUCUGUGUUUUAGCGUCGUCAACUACAUUUUCAGAGUGUCUGGUCUUGUAAGGGAACCUCCUCGGCUUCUUAAUGACUAAGCUGGUCUGACUGACGGUCUUUCUCUAUUCUGCGUAGCGACGGCCUGGAAAUAGAAUGACAGGCUUACUUUUGCCCUGCUAUUAAACGAUAAUGGCAUAUUCCGCUCUUGUUCGGCGCGCCCGUAAAUUCAUAUGUGGAACAAUCAAUAAUGAGGUCUUUGUAAAAAUGUAGGACAUAGAUUUUUAUAGCGAAAUGUAAAUUUAGUUUUUAUGCUGAGCUGUAGUAGGCCAUUACUACUGUACAUAUGUGUCCCAAAUUGUGCCCUAUUAUGUAGUCCAUUAAUUCUAAUUGGGCCCUUGGCAAACAGAGUGCUCUAAAUAGGGAAUAGGAUGCAGACAACUAUACUUUCAUUGCAGACCUGAAUGACUAUACUGUAGAACUGAACCAAGCCAUCUUUUUAUACCUUUUAUUUUGCAGUCAAACGGCUUUGUUUCUUACCAUGCAUGUUUUAACUUUUCCUAUAGAUAUUUUGUGUUGGUCUUUCUAUUGGCCUUGUGGUCUUGUCCCUGGCUCAAUCAGUAACUGUUUUAUAUUCAACAUGUGGUUCUGUUUUGUUACGCCAUUUAUUUUUUAGUGGGAUGAGGCCUACAUUUUCAUAAAGAUUUAGAAAAUAAAGUUUCUCAACUAUAAAAAUGA